AUGCGCGCCCCCGCCCAGCAGCCGCGCGCCGCCGGCGCCGCCCGCGGUCCUGCCACGGCGCCGCGCGCGCCCGCCCUGCGCGGCGCCACGUGGCGCGGCGCGUGCCGCGUGGCCACGCAGGUCGACGCGGUCGAGGCGCCGCGGCCGGCAGACCCCGUGGAGGCCCCCAAGCCAGCAAGCGACCCCGAGCUCGCCGCCAAGCGAUCCGCAUUCAAGAUCAUGACCUUCUCGGCCCAGCCGUAUGUGAACAAGUACUUCCUCGAGCCCCUCCAAGCGGCCGGCUUUGAUAACAUCAAAGGCACCGAGGCGAGCGCGGGCACGGGCGCGCCCCGGGCUUGCGGCCGCGCGUGUACCCAGCGGCAGCGGCAGCCACCGCCCGCUGAGCCAGGGCAUGCGUCCGCGCGUCUGGGCAUUGACACGGUCAAGAUCGCCAGCGGCUAUGACGCCAUCUGCCUCUUCGUGAACGACCUCUGCGACGCCGAGGUGAUCAACGCGCUGGCGGAGGGGGGCGUGAAGUUCAUAGCGAUGCGCUGCGCGGGCUACGACCGCGUCGACGUGGCCGCGGCCAACGCGGCCGGAAUCAAGGUCGUGCGUGUUCCGACCUACUCACCCACCUCGGUGGCCGAGCACGCGGUCGCGCUGCUUUUUGCGAUUGACAGGCACAUCGUGGGCGCCAUCAAUCGGGUGACCCAGGGCAACUACUCUCUGUCGGGCCUGGUAGGCCGCCAACUGGGCGGCAAGACAAUCGGGAUCCUCGGCACGGGCGCUAUCGGCGCGGAGGCGGCGCGCAUUUUCAAGGGCAUCGGCAUGAAGGUGCUCGCCUAUGACAUCCGCCCCAACCCCGCGGUGGAGGCCCUCGGCAUCCCCUACCUGCCCUGGGAGGAAAUCCUGCCGCAGGCUGACGUCAUCAGCCUGCACAUGCCGCUGCUGCCCUCCACGUACCACUUCAUCGACGAGGCUAAGGUGGCGAUGAUGAAGCCAGGGGUGGUGCUGCUGAAUGUCAGCCGCGGCGGCCUCAUAGACACACCGGCGCUGAUUUACGGGGUGCGCAGCGGCCACAUCGGCGGCGCGGGCCUGGACGUUUACGAGAAGGAGGGUGAGCGGCCUUGCCCGCGCGCCGCCCGCGGCGUGGCGCUGCGCGACCUUACCGACCUGCAGCCGCGCGACAGGAUGGUCUUCUGGGACAGGCGCCUCAUAGAGCUCAUCGCCCUGCCACAGGUGCUGGUGACGCCCCACACCGCGUUCCUGACGGCUGAGGCGCUGGUCAACAUCGCUGACACUACGGUCCAGAAUAUUGACCAGUUCAUGCUGGGCAAGCCGCUUGGCAACGAGGUCAAGCCGCCGCCGCCGGCCAAGAGCUAG